GAAACACAAGGAAAAAAUUGGGAUGAUUGCGAAAGACCUAUUUAAAAAACAACUUAAAAUAACAAUUGAAGUGGUGAUUGAAGGAGAUCGUAUCGAUCAACAAAAACAAAACAAACCGAGAACAAUCGUCUUAAAACUCUUAAAUUUCCAAGAUAAAAACAAAAUUCUCAACGCAUUAAGCAUUUUAGAGAAACCGGCCUAUAAAUUAAUAAAGACUUCGCUCCAGAAACAACUGAACACCGAAGAAAGCUUUGGGAAGAAGUAACAAAACUACGCAGCGAAGAUAACAUGUUUGAUACAGAAAUAGCCUGCUGUUCAGGACUUUAGUACAUACACCAACUAUCUUAGAGCCUGAUGCCGCAAAGGAGUGCCGCUACAAGACUGAAGGUAUGUUUUUGAAACCAGAUGACCAAAUUCUAAAAAAACCUCCAAGAUGUUUGAUUCAUUUAUGGGAGUUUUUACUUGAAAUGUUAAUGGAUGAUUCGUUUACAUCGAUAAUUGAAUGGACAGACGAAAUAAAUGGCGAAUUCAAAAUAAAAAAUAGUGAAGUUAUAGCUAAGAAAUGGGGCAAACGAAAACAGAUAUACAACAUGAAUUACGACAAAUUAAGCAGGUCGUUGCGAUAUUAUUAUAAAAAAGAUAUUAUUCAAAAGGUUAGUGGACGUAGAUUUGUUUAUAAAUUUAUUCAAAAUUCUGAAAUGAGAAGAGCGGUUGACACAAUCAAAAGGAGUAUGAAACGUCAAGGUCAAACGAACGUAAAUGUAGGUCCAUCGCCGCUCAAUGAACCAGAGGUGCCUUUCAGCAUUGACAAAAAGCUGAAUAUUUUCGAAACACCUAACAGUUUAUUGUUUAGCAAUAGUUACAGCAAAAAUAAUUAUCGUGAAGAGAAAUGUAACUUUUUCAACCCCAGUAUUGAUUUAGACAAUGAACAUACUUUGCAUGUAUCUUCAUAUGCCAACGAGAAACAACUUUUAGAUUUCAGCAACACCACAAAUGUUAAUAAAAGUUCGCACAGUAAAAAUUUUUGUCCAAUAAUUAAGUAUGACAAUUUUAUGUUAAAUAAAAGGGAUGUUUUAUCAGAACAGCAUAGGUUUCAGGACCAGAUUAUUAAUGACUAUAACCAAAUGCGUCAAAAAAAUCAAACAUAUAAUGAUACAAACUUUUUGGAAGACAGUUUUUAUAACGAGAGCAAAAACAAUUAUUCUUUUUUUUCACUUGAACAUUCUUUGCAAACAAAUCAACAUUUUCAAUACAAUAGACAAAAAACUCCAUUUUUUGAAAAAUAUUUUACGAAAACGAAACUAAAACCUAUUGAAACUGCAACUGAAUUUAAAUUUAACACACGCUCAAAAAUUUAUGUACCUCAAUCAGUCAGCGCUUCUGUUGUUAAACCUUCAGUUAUAAAAUUAAGCGAGGUUUUAGAAUCGCUAUAUGAUGCUCAAAUUGAAUUAGACCAAAGGAAAAAGUACAACUCAACCGAAAUAACUAAAAACGAUGAACACUUUUUUACUUAUCCAGUAAUAACUAAGUUGUUGCAAUCAAAAAAUGUAAAUGCUCAACCUAAUGCAUCGGAUAUUUCUGCUUACCAACCUCCUGCUGGGUAUGCUAUUCGCAGAUACGUUCCUCUGAUUGACGCCUCGACUCAAACAACACUUGUAUCUGAACAGUACACAACCUCAGUUAUUACAUCAAGAAAAUAAUUAAACAAACCAUUUGAUAUUAGUUUUAGAAAACUUAUUGCAUUAGAUAACUUUAUAAUUAAGGUGUCAUUAUGUCAUUAAGUAAAGUUUAUAGUCUACGCAUUUAUUACAACAUUAAUAUGAUUCUUAAAA